UUGUAAAAUCAUAACCUAAUUUGAUGUUUAAUAGGCUUUUCCUUAUUAUCCAACAUAUUUGCUUAUCCAACAUUCUGCCGGCCUGUUUAUGUUGGAUAAGUGAAACUCUACUGUACUGUAUUUACAAAUUUACCACUAAAAUAUCACAAUGAAUUUAAAACACUGACUACAAAAAAAUUGAUUAUGAAAAGGCAGACUGCGUUGGAUAAUCCAGAACAUUGUAUAAACGAAUGUUGGAUAAGUGAGAUUCUACUUUAAUAUGAAAUGAUUACUGGGAUAGAAUAAUGCAGAACAAAAUAAUCUCUAAAACCAGGACAGUAAAUAAAGACCAACAGUCUGAAAGCAGGGAAACUGGAAAUUCCACAAAGGAAACAAUCAGGGCCAGCUAACACCUCCCAAGAAAGGAUUCUUCCAGAAAGGAAGCUGAGAAGGGAGUGAAGCACUGUGUAUUACCAAAGUCAUUAUUAUUACUAUCGUUAUUAUUAUUGUUGUUGUUGUUGUUGUUGUUUUUAAAGCUGCAAGGCCAUUACAUCCUAAUCAUUUUUCCUAAUUGCAGCAUUCAUACUUGCCUCCAACAGACAAAAAACCAAUCAGAAAUAUUGUAUAUUCACAACCUUUAGGAAAUAAUAUCCCCUGAUGGCACAGCAUGUUAAAGCGCUGAGCUGCUGAACUUCUGGACCAAAAGGCCACAGGUUUGAAUUGGGGGAGCGGAGAGAGCCCCCAGUGUUAGCCCCAGCUUCUGCCAACCCAGAAGUUCAAAAACAUGCAAAUGUGAGUGCAUCAAUAGGUACUGCUCCAGCGGGAAGGUAACGCCGCUCCAUGCAGUCAUCCCACAUAACCUUGGAGGAGUCUACGGACAACGCCGGCUUUUCGGCUUAGAAAUGGAGAUGAGCACCAACCCCCAGAGUCAGACACGAAUGGACUUAAUGUCAGGGGAAAACCUUUACCCUUGACCUUAACUACCACCAAUUCCUCAAUACUUUAUUUCCCAUAACACCAGACUUCGCCACAGCAACGCGUGGCCGGGCACAGCUAGUAUUCUAUAAUAUGCAUAUUUAGGGAUUUUAAUUAAAAGUCUGUUUUUAAUUAUACAAAUUAAAAGCCCGUUUUUAAUUAUACAAAUCCAUAGUUUCUCACUUUUGGUUGCCAGAACCUCCAUCCCAUCAUGCCUUGCUGCUUUCUCCAUUUUGCCAUGUAUUCUUCUCAUCUUCAGGUUCUCCUUUAGCCCAAACACGUUGGCUACAGAGUCAGUCUGGAUCCCUGUAGAAUGUUAUCUUUCCAGUUCAGACACUCAUUCUCACGCCAGGGAGCCGACCUGCUUCCCUGGCUUGAAUGUGCGCAGUCUUGCAGUUCAAACUCACUCCUGGCCUGAUGCUCCUGGUGGCUGGCAUCGGUUCUCAAGCCUUCCUUAGAGCAGACCAUCCUUGUUUCCCUGCAGCGGGGAGUCCUCGCUCUCCCAGUUGGCAGUUUCCUCUUUGGCCUGCAUGGGUCCCUGUGCUGACUCUGUCUGUGUAGGGGCGUGGGCUUUGUCCUUCCCCAUUCUAGCUGGUGGGGCCUGUCGGGACUGUCCUUUUUCUCCUUGGGCCGAUGUGGCUCCCUCCAGCACUCUGCUGCCCAAUGGCUUUCCUUCCCGCACGUGAAAAAAGGAUCCCGUUGUUCUUUUCUCUCCCGGCUGCUCGACCAUCCUCGUGGAGGAUUCUGUGGACCUCCUCCUCCCAAGCCUACUGCAGUGGUUCUUCUGAUGACGCCAUCCCUGGCUCAUAUUCUCACUUGCUCUUUGUCAUGCUCCACUCUCCCCGCUAAGAUGUUCCAUUCCUCUAGAGUCCUGGGACUCCUCGACCCACAGGAUACUGGGUCGAACUCAGUGGUCGUCUGGUCUCUCCCAAAUUCAGUGACUCUUCUGGGUCUUCCCCCAGAGGUGACGGGUGGGUCGAGUGCUAGGGCAGCCACGAGAGCUCCAGUCCCAAAGGGGGAGAACUCCUGCCGGGUUGUCUCUCCGGCCUCGCUGGGUGUCCACUCUCUGACAUCCUGCUGCUACACACCUCUUGUUGUUGGUAGAGGAAGAGUCUUUCGAAGAGACAGGGCUUACUGUCAUGAACGUGAGCUUCUAGAACGGCUCACGGAAUCAUCUUGAUGCAGUUCCUUUAUUUUCCAAGUCAUACAAGCAGAAGGAAAGUUGCUUCUAAGCUCUAACCAUAAUGUGCCAGGUUGUAUCUCUUCCCUGUUUCCUUUCACCACCUCAUUGUUUACACAUUCCCAUGGAACCUAACUGCUAUCUCCAUAACAACCAUUAUGGCUAACUUCUGUCUCCCAGCCUUGAUCACCCAGAUGGUCGUCAUUAACAGCUUCUUGUUCACAGCUCUUUGAUGGCAUGGUCACUCCGAAGGCUUCCUUUGAAGAUGUAGAGUGAUCCCUGACAGCUGAUGCCAUGUUGAAUGGCAACUCCCAAAAAUUCUAUAGUAUUGAUCUAUGGCAGCUGAGGUUGGACUCAGUUUGUGUUUGUUCUACGCGGUAGGUGUGUCCCAGGUCAGGGAAGCCUUUCAAAAGCAGAGAACAGCAUUUUGGACCUUGUAGAGGCCACUUGGGGCACUUCCAGACAGCACUAAAUCACGGGUUUUAAACAGGGGCAAAAGAUCCCAGGACUUCAGAAGAGGUCCACAUACAGACCUGUUGGUCAUGGGGUUUCUGCCUCCGUUGUCCAGACUUGCUGCUUUGUUCCGAGAGUUAGAGGCUCCCAAAAUGGUUGCUGCAGGACUUCUGCCUGAAACCUCCGUGUUUUUUUUUAUGACAAGAUGUGGAUAUGCAGAGAUUCAGAUAUGCAAAAGUUCCGUUCUUUGUCUUGGCCAGAGAAACUGUGCCCUCCAAACAUUUCAUGAAGUAUUUGCCACACAAACAAAUCUAAUGGGGCAGGGCCACCUUGCCCAAGUCAGCACUGCACAAUAAAACAGGAACAGGCAAUUGUAAGCCAGGAACAGAAGUUUGUCAUUAUCUUCUACUUUUACAGCCUGGCUGCCUGGCCAUCUAUCCAGACAGAUUUGGUUGUGUACUUGUGGCAUCGAACAACAGGGCGCUGUUCCUAGGUUCUACAUGGCUUUCCUUAUUAGCCACCUGCAUGACCUUGUCUCUAUAUAUUUACAUUCCUCUCCAGCACGUCCAUGUCCCAACAGCCCGUAGUAAGCAUUUGUCAUUUACAUUACCCAUGUUGUCAGCACACACCCAAUGAGGAACCAACAUGUAUAGCCUGGCAAUAUCAUCAUGUUGUUCCCUGGCGCAAGUACACUACAAAACCUGUCUUCACCGAUGGCCAUACAACAAAGUGUGAGUAAUUACAGUAAUGAUGGCAUUCUGUUCCUGGUUUGAAAGUGUCUGCUCCUGUGUCAUUGUGUACUGCUUACUGUGAAGGUACUUGUUGCACCCCAGGAACUCGAUUUUUCGGCCACAACCUUCAUUAAACAGGUGAAGGAUGAAGUUCCUCUUCCCAGGCCAAGGUUUUUGCCUUCUUACUCGAGUGUCACCUUCCUUUUAGGGCCCUUGGAGGCAUCCUCCAAAAAGUAUCCAGGCAGGCUUUUUUCCCCACAGCCUCUGUUUUUCUCAAGAUUUCCUUUUGGUUGGCUAAAUAUUGAGGCCCAUGCUUUUAUUAAAUGCCAGGGGAGGGGGCAAUUGAAUUAUCUGCUCCCUCCCUUUUCCCUCUGUUUUGCUCGUGCUCAGUAAGUCAUUUGUGAGGCAUCUUCCAGGACAGGAAUGGACAGAGUGGGUGCCGUUCUUCCCCAGGUUGGGAUUUAAUGGCUUAGAUUAUUGCAGACACGUUCCUACAACCCUGUGCACAUAACCCGUGUUUCUCUCGAUCGCCUUCACCUGCUGAAAAGCCUUUCCCCACAACAGAGGGCAGGAAAUAGAGGCGGAAAUGGACAGGGGUGGAAAGGGCUGGGCAGGAAGGAGGAUUUCCCGACUGCGCUGUGCCUGUGAAUUUGCAUGCCGUCCUACGGCUCAACCAAGGGAGUGAACAACCCAACGGGGACUUAGUCCAGGCGAGACCAGUUCUGUGAGCAUCUCAGCAUGCCUAAAUGGGGUGUUGAAUUUGCCAGGCAGGAAGGCAACGUCUUUGGGAAUUUGGGGUUCCUUUGAGAGAUGUAGGAAAUGUGGUGGCAGCAGAGGCCCAAUUUGGGAUGCACAGGAGACGGACCUGGGAUCCCUUGUGGCCUGAAAGGGAACCUGAAAUUCAUGAAAUCAUCAGGAAAGGGAUCAUUGUGCCUCUUAAGAUUAAACUUAUGCUGGUAAUUCACGGAAACCCAUUAUCCAGGGUGAAUGACGCCCCAUCUUUCGCCUGUCUGACUGUCUGCCUUGUAUUUGUUUAGCCGUGUUUAGGUCAAGCCAACAAAAUCAAUGUGGCUCUGUAGUAUUGUACGAAGGUCCCUUUUUCUUCCAUCCAUCCCUCUUUCCUUCCAUCAAUCACUCAUUUUCAUCCUCCCUCCCUUCUUUUCUUCUCUCCUUCUGAAUCCAUCCCUUAUUGUCCAUCAAUCUGUGAUCACCUUUGUUUGUUUCCGUGUGUCCUUGAGACCCUUUAUAUCUCCAUUUCUUCCAUUUUCAACAUGAGCCCUGAAUGGAAAAGACGAUCAUCUUGGAAAUAAAGGAAGUUUGCAGGUUCAUGUUUAACCUUUUGCUUCUUCUUUCUUGAUCAGGGAAAUGAAGACCCUAUGAAGUCACCACAGGCAUGAAAAGAAAAUAUCAAUAUCUAUUGGAGAUUGAGGAAUUUGGAAACCAAAGGGCAAUAAUGAAAGAAAUCCUGUGGAAAGAAGAAAUCCUCUCUAGGUGCCAAUCUUGUGGAACUCAAUUUUGAUCAGAAGGAAAAAGGGAACACUCACGUGUCCAUAUCACAUAACUGUCGAUAUGGAGGAGAAACCCUAUACAUGCCUUGAGUGUGGAAAGAGCUUCAGUUGGAGGAGCCAUCUGCUACUGCAUGAAAGGACUCACACUGGGGAGAAACCCUAUACAUGCCUUGAGUGUGGAAAGAGCUUCAGUUGGAGGAGCCAUCUGCGACUGCAUGAAAGGACUCACACUGGGGAGAAACCCUAUAAUUGCCUGGAGUGUGGACAGAGCUUUACUCAGAAGGGACACUUACAUUCACAUCAAAGCACUCACACUGGGGAGAAACCCUAUAAAUGCCUGGAGUGUGGACAGAGCUUCACUCGUAAUUCAGGCCUACGUACACAUCAAAGGACUCACAGUGGGGAGAAACCCUAUGAGUGCCUGGAGUGUGGACAGAGCUUCACUCAUAGUUCAGACCUACGUUCACAUCAAAGGACUCACACUGGGGAGAAACCCUAUAAAUGCCUGGAGUGUGGACAGACCUUCACUCAUAAUUCAGGCCUACGUUCACAUCAAAGGACUCACACUGGGGAGAAACCCUAUAACUGCCUGGAGUGUGGACAGAGCUUCACUCAUAGUUCAAACCUACGUUCACAUCAAAGCACUCACACUGGGGAGAAACCCUAUAAAUGCCUGGAGUGUGGACAGAGCUUCACUCGUAAUUCAGGUCUACGUUCACAUCAUAGGACUCACACUGGGGAGAAACCCUGUACAUGCCUUGAGUGUGGAAAGAGCUUCAGUUGGAGGAGCCAUCUGCGACUGCAUGAAAGGACUCACACUGGGGAGAAACCCUAUAAUUGCCUGGAGUGUGGACAGAGCUUUACUCAGAAGGGACACUUACAUUCACAUCAAAGCACUCACACUGGGGAGAAACCCUAUAACUGCCUGGAGUGUGGACAGAGCUUCACUCAGAAGGGAAGCUUACAUACACAUCAAAAGACUCACACUGGGGAGAAACCCUAUAACUGCCUGGAGUGUGGACAGAGCUUCACUCAUAAUUCAGGCCUACGUUCACAUCAAAGGACUCACACUGGGGAGAAACCCUAUGAGUGCCUGGAGUGUGGACAGAGCUUCAGUGAUUGUUCAACUCUACGUAAACAUCAAAGGACUCACACUGGGGAAAAACCCUAUAAAUGUGUGGAGUGUGGACAGAGCUUCACUUGGAGUUCAGGUCUACGUUCACAUCAAAGGACUCACACUGGGGAGAAACCCUAUAAAUGCCUGGAGUGUGGACAGAGCUUCACUCGUAAUUCAGGUCUACGUUCACAUCAUAGGACUCACACUGGGGAGAAACCCUAUGAGUGCCUGGAGUGUGGACAGAGCUUCAGUGAUUGUUCAACUCUACGUAAACAUCAAAGGACUCACACUGGGGAAAAACCCUAUAAAUGUGUGGAGUGUGGACAGAGCUUUGCUGAUAGUUCAACUCUUCGUAAACAUCAAAGGACUCACACUGGGGAGAAACCCUAUAAAUGCCUGGAGUGUGGACAGAGCUUCACUCAGAGUUCAGGCCUACGUUCACAUCAAAGGACUCACACUGGGGAGAAACCAUAUACAUGCCUGGAGUGUGGACAGAGCUUCAAUAAGAGGGAAAUUCUACGUAUACAUCAAAGAACUCACACUGGGGAGAAACCAUAUACAUGCCUUUAGUGUGGACAGAUUUUCACUCAGGAACCACGUCUACAUACACAUCAAAGGAUGCACACUGGGAGAAACCAAUACAUGCCUGGAGUGUGGAAAAACCUUCACUUACAAUGUAAAUCUACAUUUACAUCACAGGACUUUUCAUGACAACAAUAGGGGCAUAUGUCAAGUGUCAGAUUUAUGAAUGAGAAUAAGUGGUACCAAAGGCAGAAGUGUGCUUGUAUAGGAUUGUCUACAUGGAGUAGAAUCAUACGGUAUAAAAAAACAAUGAAUAGAGAGUGUGAAGUUUAUAGAAAUAGAUCCAUUCUUGUCUAUUUUUUGUUUGUUGGUGUAAUUUGUGUCUAUGUAGGUAUGUGUUUUGUUGAUAUUUGUUUCUAAUUUAGCUUUGUUCUUUGUUGUAGUAGCUAGUUAGCCACAUAAGUUUAGCAUCAUUUUCUAAAAGGUGGCAAAUUUAGAUAGGUUAAAAAUUCUGAGACUGGAGUGGCAGAUAGAUGUGAUUUUAGACCAUGUGGAGUUUACUGCCCAAUUUAUUUUGCCUUUAAGGUUGGCCGCAUAGCUCUGGAGUUGAUUGUUAUCCUGUCAGUGAUGCAGAAAGUAGACAUCCCCAGAACUUCUGCCUGCCAGCCGGGAAUAUAUAAAUCCUCCUCUCACAUGAAUUAUCCCGUUCUCAAUUUGUGCUGGCUUAUCAAUAAAUUGAGUAGCAACCCUUCAGUUGGGCUCGGCAGCGCAGCUACUCGGCUUUAUUUACACAAGCAUAUAUCCCAGGGUUGUUCACACAGCUGACUAUGGUAGUGAAAUACAGUAACACCCAAAUCCACAAACGGGGUUUAUUGGGCCUACUAUAAAGGCACCAAAAUAUACCCUGCAAGAUUUCAAAGUUCCGUUGGCUUUUCUAUUAGGCAAAGACAUUAGAAGUCAUACAGCAAAAGGAGAAGAAUAAGGCCAUUGUGAGUGUGACAGGCCCACAGUUUGUCAAGGUGUUGGCUUUGUUAAUGUCAGGCAAGGUAUUAUUUUUCCUCAUUUGGGCUCAGUGAGACAGUCAUAAGAUCUGGGCAAUGAAAAGGGAGCUUGAGAGCCAUGCUGCUUCUGCCCUGGAUGAGGUAGUUGAGAAUAGCUUGCUCUCAACCACUAAACACCAGAGCCUUUCAAGCGUUAUUCGUGGAUUUGUUAAUGCUAAUUCAUUAGGGAGAUAAGUUUCCCCUGGCCUGCUUCUAAAGCUGAGAGAGUGUGACUGGGACAAGGUCAGGUCAGAGAUUCUGUAGCUGAGCAGGGAUUUAAACGCUGGUCUCCAGAGUCAAUAGUCUAAGUGCUGCAUCAUGCUGGUGUGAAGACUGUAAUGGCCACGAGAGAGAAGGGUCUUACAGUUGGAUGGACUCGGUCAAAGGCGCUUUGGCCGCUGCCUUGGCUUUGCAAAGCCUGAGCAGGACGGGAGGAAACAGUGGCCUGGAGGCCGCUCUGUCAUGAGAUCACCACAAGUUCAUCUGAUGGCUGUCAGUGAAGCAUCAACUAUGGCGUUGGAUAAUCAUCAGCAUAGAAUAAAGACGAGGAACUACCCUCCGGAAACUUUGACUUUUACAUUGGUAAGCAUUUAAAGUGGAUAAAAACUUAUUUGAUAAUAAGUUUUGAUAUUAUUGAUAUACCGUAACUUGAAACUAUUUUGGACUCUGGAGAUGACCAUGUUAUUGCUAAGUUGUAUAAACUUUUGUUGAAACAUGAAAUGGAGGAGGCGAAAGAUUGUGUGGUAAAGUGGGCACAACAUUUUGGUAAACGAAUACAAAGGGAACAACAGAAAAGGGUUUGGACAAAGCGUGUGGAAUUUACAAUUGAGUAAAAAUACUUUUUAUAACAUUAUGUUUAGAUGAUACCUGACACCAGAAAGGAUGGCGAAGAUCUGUAACAACAGUUCUAGAUUGUUGGAAAAUUGGGGGAAAGGUGGGCACUUUUUAUCAUGUGUGAUGGUCAUGUAAAAAGGCCCAGAAAUACUGGGCACAAAUACAUAUGAUUUUAGAAGAAAUGGUUAAAGUCAAAUUUGAAAUGAAACCUGAACUCUUAUCUGCUUGGGAUGUGAGAUGAACAACUUAAUAGGAAAUGUGGGAGGAGAUUGCUAUAGGUGAGAACGGCAGCAAGAAUGACCUCCACUUAAAGAUGGAAAGACUCUGUCAGAAAAUGAUUGGCUGACGAAAAUGUGAUUCUGUCAGAAAAUGAUUGGCUUAUGAAAGUGUGAUUCUGUCAGAAAAUGAUUGGCUUACGAAAAUGUGAUUCUGUCAGAAAAUGAUUGGCUUACGAAAACAAGUGAGUUUGUGGGAAUGAAGAGGCUUACUCGUUGACUGAGGAGAAAUCUCUCACUUAAGAAAGACCGGGGCCCAUUGAUUGUGUUCCUCCAAAUCUCCAUCACUGUCUGUUUGUUUGGGACUAGAAGUGUGUUACUAUGUGAGAAAGGACGUUCCAAGGGUUGCUUUUCAGUAAACGGGUGUAGAAAACAGAGAGAAGAUAACAACCAGGGAGAGAAUGCCAGGUCAUUACAUUAGAUAACGUAGAUUGUUUGUAGUUAUUGGGGUUUUUUAUAUAUAGGAUAAAGUAGUAUUAUUCUAGAAACAGUAUUUUUAAUCUCUUGUUGUUGAUGUUGUUUUGUUUUUGUAUAUCUAAAUAAAGAAAUGAAUUAAA